AUGGACUGUCACCUCUCCAUCCUCCUCCUCCUCAGCAGCUCUGUCCUCCGCUGCCGCGGGGAACUGAGUCCCCCUCCGUCCAAUGAAGUCAAUCUGCUGGAUUCCAAAACAAUUCAAGGGGAGCUGGGCUGGAUCUCUAACCCAUCACAUGGGUGGGAAGAAAUCAGUGGUGUUGACGAGCAUUACACACCCAUCAGGACUUACCAGGUGUGCAAUGUAAUGGAACAUAGUCAAAAUAAUUGGCUGAGGACCAACUGGGUCCCCAGGAACUCAGCUCAGAAGGUCUAUGUGGAGCUCAAGUUCACGCUACGAGACUGUAACAGCAUCCCAUUCGUUUUGGGGACCUGCAAGGAGACUUUCAACCUGUACUACAUGGAGUCUGAUGAUGAUCAUGGGGUCAAGUUCCGAGAGCACCAGUUUACAAAGAUUGACACCAUUGCAGCCGAUGAAAGUUUCACGCAAAUGGAUCUUGGGGACCGUAUUCUUAAACUCAACACUGAAGUUAGAGAAGUAGGUCCUGUCAACAAAAAGGGAUUCUAUCUGGCCUUUCAAGAUGUUGGAGCUUGUGUUGCCUUGGUGUCCGUGAGAGUGUACUUCAAAAAGUGCCCAUUUAUAGUGAAGAAUCUGGCCAUGUUUCCAGACACAGUGCCGAUGGAUUCUCAAUCCUUGGUGGAGGUUAGGGGUUCUUGUGUUAACAAUUCCAAGGAGGAUGAUCCUCCUAGGAUGUACUGCAGCACCGAAGGUGAAUGGCUUGUACCCAUUGGCAAGUGCUCAUGCAAUGCUGGCUACGAAGAAAGGGGUUUUAUGUGCCAAGCUUGUCAACCGGGUUUCUACAAGGCCGCGGAUGGUAACACGAAGUGCGCUAAGUGCCCACCUCACAGUUCUACUCAGGAAGAUGGUUCAAUGAACUGCAGGUGUGAGAAUAAUUACUUCCGAGCAGACAAAGACCCUCCAUCCAUGGCUUGUACCCGACCUCCAUCUGCACCAAGAAACGUUAUCUCUAAUAUAAACGAGACCUCGGUUAUCCUGGACUGGAGCUGGCCCCUGGACACAGGAGGCCGGAAAGAUGUUACCUUCAACAUCAUAUGUAAAAAAUGUGGGUGGAAUGUAAAACAGUGUGAGCCAUGCAGCCCAAAUGUCCGCUUCCUCCCUCGACAGUUUGGACUCACCAACACCACGGUGACAGUGACAGAUCUCCUGGCACACACUAACUACACCUUUGAAAUCGAUGCCAUUAACGGGGUGUCAGAGCUGAGCUCACCACCACGACAGUUUGCUGCAGUCAGCAUCACAACUAAUCAGGCCGCUCCAUCACCUGUCAUGACAAUUAAGAAGGACCGGACAUCCGGAAACAGCAUCUCUUUAUCCUGGCAAGAACCUGAACACCCUAAUGGGAUCAUAUUGGACUACGAGGUCAAAUAUUAUGAAAAGCAGGAGCAAGAGACAAGUUACACCAUUCUGAGGGCAAGAGGCACAAAUGUUACCAUCAAUAGCCUCAAGCCUGACACUACUUACGUAUUCCAAAUCCGAGCCCGGACAGCAGCUGGAUAUGGGACCAACAGUCGCAAGUUUGAGUUUGAAACAAGUCCAGACUCUUUCUCUAUCUCCGGUGAAAAUAGCCAAGUGGUAAUGAUUGCCAUUUCAGCGGCGGUAGCAAUUAUUCUCCUCACAGUUGUCACCUACGUUUUGAUUGGAAGGUUCUGUGGCUAUAACAAGUCAAAACAUGGUACAGAUGAAAAAAGACUUCAUUUUGGGAAUGGACAUUGUAAGUUUCUAAACUUAAAACUUCCAGGUCUCAGAACUUACGUUGAUCCACAUACAUACGAAGACCCUACCCAAGCAGUUCAUGAGUUUGCUAAGGAAUUGGACGCCACCAACAUAUCCAUUGACAAAGUUGUUGGAGCAGGUGAAUUUGGAGAGGUGUGCAGUGGUCGCUUAAAACUCCCAUCAAAAAAAGAGAUUUCAGUGGCCAUCAAGACCUUGAAAGUGGGCUACACUGAAAAGCAAAGGAGAGACUUCCUGGGAGAAGCGAGCAUUAUGGGACAAUUUGACCAUCCCAAUAUCAUUAGGCUGGAGGGAGUUGUCACUAAAAGUAAACCAGUUAUGAUUGUUACAGAAUACAUGGAGAAUGGUUCCUUGGACAGUUUUUUACGUAAACAUGAUGCCCAGUUCACAGUCAUCCAGCUAGUGGGGAUGCUUCGGGGGAUAGCAUCUGGCAUGAAGUACCUCUCAGACAUGGGCUAUGUUCACCGAGACCUUGCUGCUCGGAACAUCUUGAUCAACAGCAAUUUGGUGUGUAAGGUUUCUGAUUUUGGACUUUCACGUGUUCUAGAAGAUGACCCAGAAGCUGCUUAUACAACAAGAGGAGGAAAGAUUCCCAUCCGGUGGACGUCACCAGAAGCUAUAGCCUAUCGCAAAUUCACGUCAGCCAGCGACGUGUGGAGUUAUGGCAUCGUUCUCUGGGAGGUGAUGUCCUAUGGAGAGAGGCCAUACUGGGAGAUGUCCAAUCAGGACGUAAUUAAAGCUGUGGAUGAGGGCUAUCGACUGCCACCCCCCAUGGACUGCCCGGCUGCGUUGUAUCAGCUGAUGCUGGACUGCUGGCAGAAAGACAGAAACAACAGACCCAAGUUUGAGCAGAUUGUCAGCAUUCUGGACAAGCUCAUCCGGAACCCAGGCAGCCUGAAGAUCAUCACCAGUGCGGCAGCCAGGCCAUCAAACCUUCUUCUGGACCAAAGCAAUGUCGACAUCACUACCUUCCGCACAACAAGUGACUGGCUUAAUGGUGUUCGAACAGCACAGUGCAAAGAAAUCUUCACAGGCGUGGAAUACAGUUCUUGUGACACCAUAGCCAAGAUUUCUACAGAUGACAUGAAAAAGGUUGGUGUCACUGUGGUUGGGCCACAGAAGAAGAUCAUCAGUAGCAUUAAAGCUCUAGAAACACAAUCAAAGAAUGGUCCGGUUCCAGUGUAA